UCUAAGCGCUGGGUAUAAAAGGCUGAUGCACCUUCUUCUCAACACAUCUCAGACACUGCAACAGCUCUGCACUGAAAACCUCCUGCAGCUUCACUCUGCACUUCAGAAUGGACUUCCAAAUCUUUGCCCUGGUGAUGUUGUUCCUGGCCUGCGUGGAGCAGGGUCUGGCCUCCUGCGUGGUGGACAGUUUCACAGUCAAAGAGGACUUCGAACCCCAAAGAUAUGCAGGAAAAUGGUACGCUCUGCAGAAGAAAGAUCCAGAGGGUUUGUUCCUGCAGGACAACAUCUCUGCUGAGUACACUGUUGGAGACGAUGGUUCCAUGGUGGCCUCCUCCAGGGGCAGGGUCACUCUCUUUGGGUUCUGGGUUGUGUGCGCUGACAUGGCUGCUCAGUACUCAGUGCCUGACCCCGGCACCCCCGGCAAGAUGUUCAUGAACUACCAGGGACUGGCCAGCUACCUGUCCAGUGGAGGUGACAACUACUGGGUCAUUGACACAGACUAUGACAACUACGCCAUCACCUACGCCUGCCGCACCCUGAAGGAGGAUGGAAGCUGUGAGGACGGCUACGCCCUGAUCUUCUCCCGUAACCCCCGCGGCCUCCCCCCUGCCAUCCAGAGAGUCGUCCGCCAGAAACAGGAGGAAAUCUGCAUGGCCGGACAGUUCCAGCCCGUGCUGCAGUCCGGAGCUUGCUAAACUGGUUCUCAGCAGGAGUUUGUUGAGCAGCCCUUCAUUACGCUGGAUUGAUCAUCCUGUCCGAGAUGAAGAGAGAAUAAUCUUGUUCUGUUUAUGAUUUGCUGUAUUCCACCGACAUAGGAAAGAAUUAUCAGAUAAAUCAAAUUCAACGCCCCAUGAAAACAAAAAUUAAUGAACACUGCCAAAAUGAAAAUAUACUGAUUACCGGUUGAGUGACUGUGAUGACAGAACCAACCGUGUAGUAUUGUCACACUGAUGGGUAACAUCUGCACUGUGUAAUCACUCUGUGUUGGUGACAAUAAAUUUUGUAAAGAAA